UCAUGCGCCAAGGGGAAUCGAAUGUUGACUGAACUUUCCAUCGGUGUUCUCUUGCGAUUUCGGGCGUAGCGCUAAUGCCACCACCGCCGUACCGGGGAUAAGAAACCAUAUGUAAGUUAGGUUUGAAUCGGUCGGUCGGGGCUGUCUGUAACGCACGCUACUCUGUCUCUAUCAGUUUUAGCUUUGAACUGCCAGUUACGGACACUUGGAGACAGAACAGACAGCCAGACUAAGAUGGAUUAUGGAUAUGGUUCGUUCCCGCGGAGAGAGAAGGGGGGGGGGAGGCGUGUGGCAGACUAUACCCAAAAGUUUGACAGCCCCAGUCUCAGUCCAAUUGUUGAUUUUGAGGAGGAGAAAGCGUGGUCUCCCGCCCCUAACUAGAGCAUGGGACCAUGGGUCGCCCGGUCCGGGAUGGAAUGGGAUGGGUAAGGGCUCAGAGUGGGGGGGUGCUGGAACAGGAAGGUCAAUGCCAAGAACCUACCAGCGCGGCAAAAAGAGGGAAAUCAAGUUCCCGUGCGGUAGAAGAGCGCUGGAUACAAUCGGAGUUGCUAUGUCCACUGUCCAGACUUUGGCUGGGUGUCCCACUAUGGCGCAACUGCAAUAGCAAUGUGUCAGAGGAACCAAGAGGGUGAGCUUCGUUGAGGCUGGAUGUGUUGAUUGGUUGGCUGCCCCGAUAUAGCACCGCAACCAACCAUCCA